UUCCAAUCUAUAAUUCUCCCUUUUUGCCUUCCCCUCAUCUUGCCCUUACAUUCUUCUCCUUUCUCGUCAUAGACUUGUCUUUUAUGUAAAACUUUGGAUUCUUAUUGUUAUGUUCCGCUUUCAUAGUCAAUUUUGAAUAAAUUAGAAAAUGAGUUUUUUUAAAGAAAGAACUACUGAGAAGCAAACGCCGUACCUACUAACAUGUAUCCCUCUCGAUAUGGAACGAAAAAAUAUAAACGUAUUGAAAAGAAACAAUGGAAAUAAUAAUAAAGAGAACGUAAGAAACCGAAAGGAGUUGUGUGUAUGGGUUUUUCUUUGGGGGGAUUCAAUUCUUUUUUUUUUUGGGUUUUUUACGUAUCGAAAUUCUCUUUCAAAAGCAGGUGAUGAUUGAAAAACAAUGAAUCAGAACAGCAUCAAAAUACAUGGAAAUGGGAAGGGAAAGAAAUUAUGAGUUCAAACAUUCAGAACAAAUUCCUUUGUCCGAGAGUACG